AUGGGUAAGAAAAAUACUAAAGGUGGUAAGAAGGGUAGAAGAGGAAAGAACGAGACUGAAGGUCCAAAGAGAGAAUUGAUCUAUAAGGAAGAGGGUCAAGAAUAUGCUCAAAUUACCAAAAUGUUAGGUAAUGGUCGUGUUGAAGCCACCUGUUUUGAUGGUGUUAAACGUAUGGCCCACAUUAGAGGUAAAUUAAGAAAAAAAGUUUGGAUGUCCCAAGGUGAUAUCAUUCUAGUUUCUUUAAGAGAUUUCCAAGAUGACCAAUGUGAUGUUGUUCAUAAGUACAAUUUAGAUGAAGCCAGAACUUUGAAGAAUCAAGGUGAAUUACCAGAAAAUGCCAAGAUUAACGAAACUGAUAACUUCGGUUUUGAGUCUGACGAAGAAGUCAACUUCGAAUUCGGUAAUGCUGACGAAGAUGAGUAUGAAGAUGAAGAUGAAGAAUUGAAUAUUGAUGAUAUCUAA